AUGACGGACCGCCUCUCCCCACACGCGUACGUGCUGGCCUUUGUCGUGGCGCUCGACAUGCUGGCUGUGUCGCUCGUCGUGCCGCUCCUCCCAGCGCGGUACAAGGAGCUCGGUGUCGAGCCGGUCUACAGAGGCCUCGUCGGCUCCAUCUACUCCGCCUCCCAGCUCUGCGGCGGCCUCGUGAUGGGCUUUGUCGGCGACCACUUGGAGGACCGGCGAAGCGUGCUGCUCCUCUCCUUUGCCGGUGCCGCGGUCAGCUACGCCAUGGUCGGCUUCGCCACGUCGGUGUGGCUCCUCGCCGCUUCCAGAGUGGUGGUCGGCCUGGUGAAGCAGACCAUGACAUCGAGCAAGGCGAUGACGCUGCAGUGGAGCUCGGACCGGACGCGCGCGCGCGCGAUCGGCCUCACCUCCUCGGCCGCCACGUUUGGCUGGGUCGCCGGCUCCUCCGUCACCGGCAUCCUCCGCGGGCUGUCGCCGUCGGCACCGUCCGCGGUGGCGGUCUCCCUCUACGCGGUGUGCGCGUCUCUCGUCCUCUCUUUUCUUCCGCUGACGCCGCCGAGGCCUGGCAGCGGCGGCGGUGGCGGCGGCAGCGGCGGCGGCAGCAGCGGCCACACGGCAGCGAAGUGCAAGUGGCGUUGGCGGCGAAGUCAAAAAGGAACGCUGAGGGCCCGGUUCCCGCACAUUUCCCUGGUUUCAUAA